GACAGGCCCAGCGCUGCCUCCGGCUCGGUCUGCAGGGCUCGCGCGCGGCGAUGGCUGAUUACUGGAAAUCGCAACCAAAGAAAUUCUGUGAUUACUGCAAGUGCUGGAUAGCAGACAACAGGCCUAGCAUUGAAUUUCAUGAAAGGGGAAAGAACCAUAAGGAAAAUGUGGCAAAGAGAAUUAGUGAGAUUAAAAAGAAAAGUUUGGAAAAGGCACAAGAAGAAGAAAAAAUGUCAAAGGAAUUUGCAGCAAUGGAGGAAGCUGCACUGAAAGCAUAUGAAGAAGAUUUAAAGAGGCUUGGAGUUAAGCCAGAGUCCAUAGGUCCCAGCUCCACACAAACUAAACAAGUGGAAAAGAAAGAAAAGAAGGAAAAGAAAAAAAAGAAAGGAGUCACCUCAAAAAUGUCAUCAGGAGAAACAAAGGAGUGGGUACGAGGAUUUUCUCCUGAGGGUUACACAUAUUACUACAAUACAAUUACAGGAGAAUCCCAGUGGGAGAAGCCUGAAGGAUUCCAAGACAACCCCCAGAACUCUCAAAUGACAGCAGUGUGGGUGGAAGGAGUCACUGAAGAUGGUCAUACAUAUUAUUACAAUACACAGACUGGAGUGUCAAAAUGGGAGAAGCCUGAAGGUUUUAUUUCACCUUCAAAUGAGAGCAGACAGGAUGACAUUCGUUCUAAAGCACUCACAGCAGCAGCUUCAAAGGUAGCUGAAUCACAUACUGAAAAGGGAGGUAAAAAACGUGAAGUACAGAAACCAAAAAUAAACUUUAAGAGGAAAGGAGAUAGUAUUGAAGAAUCAGAGGAAGAGACUCCUCCCAAAGCUAAAAAGAUAAGCCCUUAUGGAACGUGGCAGAAUGUGAAACAAGGUGGUGAGGAGGAGGAGGAAGAGGAAGAGAAGGAGGAAGAGGAGGAGGAGGAGGAGGAGGAGGAAGAAGAUGACUCUAAAUCAGUUCCACGGAAAACAUCCCACAGUCUUUCUAAAAAGACCAAUCCCUACGGAGACUGGGAGGAAGUUGCAAAAGAGGAAGUCUCAUAUGAAAAAGUGGACCUAGAACUUCCUAGUAUGGAUAGUGACCGUCUACCUCCUCCAGUGCUAGAAGUUCCAGAGGACGCAAAAGUGAUAUUUAAAGAAAAAAUAGUCACUUCCCUUGGAGACCUGUCAGAAGGGAUAUCAACCUUCAGAAAGAGAAGAUUUGAAAAUGGAAAAUCUAGAAACUUAAGACAAAGGACAAGUGACCAGUAAUACUUUAACAAAUCAUUUUAGUUGUUUAAAGUAAAGAGAGUCAGCGUAAAUAUUUUAACAACCUUUUUUAAAGAAAAUGUUAGUUAGGAAUUAAGAAUUUAUAGUUAUUGAAAUGUGUUGGCUGUGAAUUGUAAUGUUUGUUUUAUUUUGAUUUCAAUGUGAUUACAUUUUGUUUUCUGAAUGGAAGUUUAUGUUGUAUUAGUCAUGCAAUAUGUUAUAUACAUUUAUUUUUUAUUUCAACUAUAUGAUCUGAAUUCAGUUUGCUUAAUGUCUCUUAUUUUAGAAUUUUUUUGUAUAAUUUGACUCCCUUCUUAGCUGAAUAGAAAUAUAGCAAUGUACAACUUGGACAAAUUUGGUAUAGAAUUUGUAUGUGUACACAAAAAGUGAAUAAACAACAACGAGCUACCACCAGUGCUUUAGGCCAGUGGUUUUCAAACUGAAGUACACAUACCCUCAGGACUGUAAGUACUCUGCUAAGGGGUACAUGUCUAAAUUUGAAUAAUGGCAGUGGAGCUUCCAAUUGACCAGUGCAUGGUGAAUAACGGCAUUGCUGUGCAUUGUCAUCAGUAUUGACAUUGAUCUUAAGGAAUGAAUAUGCAAUAUUUUGCAGGUGAAGGGGUGUGCAGCCAAAAGUUUGAAAACCACGGCAUAGAAUCAAGCUCUAACAUUGCAUAUGCAGAGUAGCCUUUCAGCUAAUGAGUAGAAGAUACUGUGCCUCUGUGCUUUGAUUUAAUGGUUGUUAAACUGCACAUAAUGAUCAUUCAUUCAUUGCAAGCAGUCUGAGAUUUUCCAAAGUCAAGUUUAGAGGAUUUAGUCAUGCAUAUAACUAGUCCUUUCAAGAAAGAGUUUCAAAGUUUUUGAAAAAUCUUAACCAUAGUGUUUUACUUUGAGCUCCUGGAAUGUAUUACAAUAUAUAUAUGAUAAAUAUAUUACAAGUGUACAGAAGAUUCAGACCUUGUCCUCAUUAAUGAGUUUGUCACAAUACCAGUACUGGAAACAUCUUUAGUUGCAGACCUUUUUCUUUAAUAUCCUCUCCAUCAUGUUUUUAUAAUAUAGUUGUCUCUCCUUGAAUUUUCAUCUAUUUACAUGUUUAAUUUCUUUUCUCCAUUCCUUGUUUUCUUUGUAAGCCAGGACUGGUGUUACUCUGACUACAUAAAUGUGUCUUGUUGGUAGAACCAUGCUCCAAUACCCAGCACUAUUUAAGUAGCUGUUGCUUGUUUAAAGUGUUUAGAUGAGUGCACUAUGUAGGUGCAGACAGUGCCAAGUCACUGAUUGCGAGAGAAAAAAAAAAGUGCCCAAGUGUGGUCUAAAAGCAACAAUAGUUAACUAAUCAUAACAGCUGAAGGGGAAGAAACCAAGUGCACAGUUGGUGCAAGUGCACAACAAGUGCAAGAAUUUUGGAACAGGAAAUUAGAAGAAUAGUAAACAUAGCUGGCGGCAGGACUCUUACAGAGCUCUUUAGGUACCCAUCUGCCAGAAGUCCGCGAUUUAAAUGAUUAAACAUUUUAAGGUUAGUGUCCUAAAAUUCACAAUUAGAGUUCAUUUUUCAAAUGAUGAAAUUGUUUAGUGUCAGUGAAAAUCUGUAGGCUGAAAAAGGAGAUGGUGGUACACAAUGCUUUCAUAACUUUUGGCUCUGACAUAAAUCUAAUGAUCGACUAGUGUCUUCCACUGUAAUGUAGAGUCCCCACUUCUAACUUUUGUUCUAACAAAGUUAUUCUGUGCCCAAAUACAGUGCGAGAUACUUCCUAAGUGCCAGUCCUGUGGAAGUUUUGAACUAAGUAAGGAGAGCAGAACUAGAACUGACCCAUAGUACAGCAGAGAUUUAAUUCUUUUUUGCAGUUCUGUGGCAUCUUUUGGAGGUACAGAAAGAAAUUAAGUGAAUGGUUCUCAGCCAUUUUAGACUCAAGGUGUGCGCUCUUAGUUUUGACUCAUUCUUUGACUACAGAAAAAUAAUAAAGCAAUUUUGUUGCAGAGAACUGAGACCACAAUGGGCCAGAAUAUUUUUAACACCAUGGAUUCCUAUUUGAAAUCUCUGCGUUUAUCUUAUGAAUCAUGUUUGCAUACCUCACCGCGCUAACUUUGUGAGGUACCCCACAGCACCCUUAAAAGUUGCCUCAAAUCACCCUGGGUGAGAAUCCUUGAAUUAAGUAAUCAAGUACUUAGUCAACUGUGUUAUUUACAUUGCAUUAGCAGGACAAGAAUGAAAUGUUUCUUCCAGUAUAUGUGUUCUGGGAGAAAUGUCAAGGGACUCCUUAAUUUCCAUCCAGAGACCAUCAUUUAGAGGUCCCACUUUUCAGUAUGUUCACUGAAUUCCUCCUUAGUCAUAGGAAAAAGUAAUAGUUAUCUUCGUUCAACACUGCAAUAAUCAGUAGACUGUGCAGUAAAGAGCAUGCGGAAACAGGACUGGAAAGGACCUCCCCGAAUGGCCAAGUCCAGUCUAUAUCACAUUCAUAAAUGUAUUGGGUUAGGGUUUUUUGCUCCCCAUUGCUCCACUUGUGAGACCGCUCCAGUUCCCCAGUAACCUAAUAGACAAGAUCUUCUUUGACUUGCCAGUACAAACUUAUUCAUGGCCAUUUCAUAUCCAGUUAUUCUUAUGUUUACAUUUUCAGUAACCUAAAUAGCUCUUCUCCCUCCCUGCUGUUUACCCCUGAUGUGUUUAUAGGCAGAAGUCAUAUACUCCCUCAACACCUUCAUAUGAUAAGAUCUCCAUUCCUCUAACAAUCCUAGUAGUCCUUCUCUGCACCUGGUUCAUUUGAAAUUAUCCUUUUUGAAGGUGAGAUUUUUACCAGUACCUUUUACAAGAGUAAUAAUACUUCCUUGUCCUGGAAAUACCUCCAGUAAUACAGCCUACAGUUCCACUUGCCUCUUUUGGGGCUUCACUGUAUUGGCAGCUAAGUCAUUUUGUGAUCAAAUAGUACACCCAGGUCCUUCUCUUCCUCAGCUAUUUCUCAGUGAUGAGUUCCCAGAUUAUAGUAUAAAUUCUUGUUAGUAGGUCCCCAUCUUGUCCUACUGAAUUACAUCCCAUUUCUCUAUACUCAGUCCUCAAGGUUAACCAGUUUCUAUACCAGCCCUAUUCUGUAAUGACUGCAUUCUCCACCAUAUUCAUCCUUAUUGUACCAGGGUAAUUAAUGUAAAUGUUUAACAAGAUUGCUUCCAAGACUGAUCCUUGAGGAAGUCCACUGUUAAACUCCCACCAGCUAAUACUUUUACUUUCAUCACUACCUGUUACAAUCUCCCCUUUAGUCAAUUCCUUUCCCACUUUCUAAUUCCUGUACCAAACUCCCCCAUUUCCCAUCUCAACUACUAAUUUCUAAUAAUAACUAAUAAUUGGUACAGUGUAUCAAAUACUUUACUGAAGCCCCUGCACACAGGAUUUGCAGUAUUUUCUUUGUCUAGAAAAUCUGUUGCUUUAUCAAAAAAAAACUAUCAGCGUGGUCUGGCACAGUCUACCUCAUUGCAUUUCAUCCUGGUUUCCAUUUACCUCCUUGUACUAUAUUUAAUUAUUUUUCCCUUCAAAAUUCAUUUUAAAGCUUUGCAAACCAUCAAGGUCCAGAUAAUAGGCUUGAAGUUACCUGAAUCAUUCUUUUUUCUCUCCUGCUUUUUAAAUGUAAAUACUCUAUUUGUUAUUCUCUGAUCCUUGUCCUGAUUUGAUGCAUGUAUUAAAAACACUUGCUCUAAGGUUUGAACUACUACUUUUAGAAUUUUGUAAUGGAGAGUGUCCAGAUUCAUAUUCCUCUCCCUGUCAUGAGUACAUUAAGCUCUUUGACUUCAGCUUCUACUUCAGUUGUGCUAAUUUCCAUGUCAAAUUUCUGAUUCCCAUUAGUAAUCCUGCCUUUGCUCCUUUGUUAAUCAGUACCUUUACUGAAAACUGAAGCAAAUGAUUCAUUUAGGUUUUUGGACCAUGCUUUACUGAGUAACGCUCUACUUCUUUCCUUGUUCUCUCUCUUUUACUUAAAGUUAGCAGGGGGAGGAGGUUUUGCUGUUAGUUUUAAUAUCCUUGUCAAGGUCUAACUUAGCUUAACUUCUGACAAUUUUGCUUUAUCCUUAUACACUCUGAUGCAGCUUUAUUUGUUUGAUCAUUCCUUAUAGACUUUCUUCUUAAUCCUCUUUUCUUUUUUGAGUUUCUUUCAAAUACAGAACAAUGUCAGCUACUGAAGGGAAAUUUAUAUGAAAGUGCUGAAUACAGCCUAAGAGAGAGCCAAGCAACAUUACAGAAGUAUACAAAGAGGCAGAAAAAGAAGGUAAGAUCUGAUCAGACAGCUCUCCACAUAUGAAAAAGAUUGACCUAUCACAUUCUGCUAUAUUAAAAGUAAAGAAGUUUGCCAGAUGUUCAAGUGGAAUCUACAUUAAAAAUGCCAAAUAAAGCCCAAGAGGAUGCUGUGAUUAACCUGAAAUCCGUCAGAGAACUGGGCAAGCAACUGGGUUUUGAAUGGACGAUUGUUGCUAACGAGUUAGGAUUCAGCAGAGCAGAAAUAAGCCAGUUUCAUUUAGCUACCGUAGAAAAGAAGAUACAAGCACAGAAAAUGCUGGAAUGCUGGUAUGAACGAGCCUGGGAUAAAAUUAACAAAACCAAGAUCCUUCAGGAUGCCCUGGAACGAGCUGGAAGAAAAGACCUGGCUGAUAAACUUCGGUGCCUACACUGGGGACAUCAGAAAUUAAGUAGAAGAGUGGAGCUCCCUUCUGCUUUCCCCUUUCUCAUCACUGUGCACAAAACCAUCAACAACAAAGAAGGGCUUAAGAAAAUUAAUGAACUUAGUCGCAAGUAUCCCUAAGGUCCACCUGUCAAAACACGCUCUUUCAUUUACACAACUAGAAGUGAGGCUUAUUUUCAUACUUCUAUAGAACUUUUAAUAUUUGAGCACUUGAUGAACAUUAAUUAAUCCUGGAUCCAAAAUGUAAUUAUGUUGAAAUGCCCACUUAUAAGAAAUCCUUUUAGGUGGUUCAAGCUAUGUAAUUAAUUGGUGAAAUAAUUUGAUCUGCGUAUUAUUGAUUUUGAAGCCUCAUGCACACAAGCUAAAAGAGCGCGAUGAUUUAGCACACAAACUAGAGGCCAAUUAGUUAUUAUGAACUUGUCAGUUAUUUACUUAUUAGUUAAUGAACUAUGUAUUUGAUAUUUAUUUUUCUUCUCAGGAUAUACUUUUCCCUAUGGACUUAAGAGUACAGAAUAUUCAAAAUUCAUUAUUUGAGUUGUGAUGAAUUACCAAAAUUGCAUGGUGUUACUUGUGUUCUUUGGCUCGUGGAAAUUUAUGUAGUUGGGUUACCCAACCUAAACCUAAUUUAGUCUUCUUGUGAAAUGUGUCUUGUGUGAUCAAAUAAUAUUGGCUACAGGCACAUUCUGCUAAUAUUCUUUUCUUAUGAAAAGGAAGGAAAGGUGCGAACAUGAAAGAAUUAAAAAGUGAUUCUAAAUUAAAAAACCAGAACUGAGUGAAUUCUUUUUCCACCAUUGGCCCAUCUUGACAGGCCCUAUAGAAAAUUAUAGCAUAAAUGUUCUAUUUUUUAAAAUAUACUUGGAAGCAUUUAGACUCAAACUUGUUACUUAUGUGUGUUUACUCACAUAUUUUCCCACAUACAACAUGCACUUGCCCCUGGAAAACAGCUGCUGAAUAUUGCAGUGCAAAUUAUAUGUGGGAAAUAGAACAGUUUCUGCUGGUUAUGGGCAAAAGUGAAAGUAAAAUCUGCACACAACUCACGGAGCAAAACGAUAAGCAGGCUCUGCUCUCUAGGUGCUGCUAC